AACGUGACGUUACAAAUUCUCCCGCGUCUGCCGUGAAUGAGGCGAUUGAACCCGGAAACGGCCGAAGGGCCUCGAGGGUGUCAAUCGCCGAAUUCGCGGACAGACGCGACACUUGUUGUUAGACCACGACACUUAUCUCGUCAUUUCCCUCAAUUAUAUAUCUCGCUCGUGAUUCCGUGUGUGAUUUUCCUUCGCUGUAAGUUCGACUGCCGUCCAGUGUUUUGGAUUAUCGACAUUCAAAAUGAACCGAAUCCACUUGAACACAGAAGGAACAAAAAAAACUACGCUAGAAGGAAUUACCACAGAGAUAAAUAAAAUGCAAGAGAAAAUUAACAAAAUUACAACAAAAAUGAACAAAUACAAGAACAAAUAUAACGAGCUGGAGGAUAAACGACAAGAAUUAAAAAAUCAAAUUAAUAGAUUAAACAUUUGGAAAAUAAAUAUAAAUAAACCUCUAAACAACAACAGCAGCGAAGAAGAAUCGAGUUCAGAACCGGAGACGGUAGUAGAAAAUAUAACCAACCAAGAAAGCCACAAGGAGAAAAUCGACUACGAAAUAAGGGAGGAGGAAACAAAGGAAGAAGAUAACAUGGAGAUGAUCGACUUCAGCAAACACGAAUACUCAAAAGAAAAGGAAAAAGAAGUAUUCCUCGGCAAGCUUCGCUGGCGCUGCGACCGCCGUAAAAAAUUAGAGGAAAAUGUAGAAGAGAGGAGGCUACAGGAAGAAGAAUGGACGAGAUUAAGAGAAGAUAACAAGAUAGAAAUCGAAAACUAUUUGAAAUCUCAACAACAAAAAUAAUAAGGAAGAUAAUAUCACACGAAUUUAAUUUUUCUUUAUCAUACUUUUUCUUUUCUCUUCGUAUUUCUAAUAAAAAUAAUAAUGAUCUCAAAGUUCGUUACCAAAACAACAAUUCAAUUUUGUUCUCCACAAUCAAAAAAUUUCUGUUCUCUCGUAUACACCUUCACAAACUUUUUGUUCUCUUUUGCUUCCACAUAAAAUGCGCUUUUAUUUUUCUUACUUAAACAACAUACGAGAUAAUCAUUAGAGA